CUUAGUAAUAUGUAAUGUAUUUCCAACAUACAUAACUUUAUGUCCUGUAGAGGGCGCCAUAUUCAAUGUGACAUCACAUUAUCUUUGACCAGCGGAAUACCAAGACGCUUCCAACGAUAACUUGCUUUUCAAAUUUUGAUGAGGAGUUUACAAAUUACGAGGGAACAGAUGAACAUAAGAAACAUAAAAAACCUCUAAUUUUCGAGUUUGAAUCUAACAAGCUCUAUGAAAUUCGAGACAACAAGAUUUUUCAAGCAACUUGAAUACAAAAAUCUCAUUCUACCUGUUUCAUUUCUAAUUGACUACUUUUAUGCACAACUGUUUUCAAAAAAAACAUAUCUUUUGCUUCCUCUCUUCAAUUGGAAACGUUUGCUGUAGGCGCAGAGGCAGAACCCAACCACUUGGCUUCUUCACUACGUCAUAUAUUCGUUCGACAACACAGUCCCAGUCAGUCCCGCAGUCUCACUCAGUAAGAAGUGAGCUGUUGCCUCGUCGUGACGCGGUUAAAUUCUGCCUCAGUGUUAUACUCACCUGUUUGUUGAAUUAAUAUUAUUUUUUUUUUAAAUAAAAUUUUGUAGAUACAUUUUGUAUCUUUUCUUACCGCCUACCUACUAUAGAUCAAAUAGAUUUGAAUUGUUUUCGCACACACAUUUGAUCGAUAGAUCGAGAUACACGAUACGAGAACUGUUUUUUUCGGCGGUUGAUGUUGUGAUGAUGUUGAUCGUUUAAAUAGAGAAUAUCUAUCUAUCUAGUAUCUAGCUAAUUAUGUUUUGGAUAUACUUUUAUGAGAGAUACUUUUUUUGUGUGUAAACAUUUUUUGAACAAAAAGAAAAAAAUAUCAGCAUCGUUUGAAAGAAAUCUGAGAUAUUUUUUUCAAAGAAUUUCGUAUUGUGUGUUCUUGUACUGCUUCCUUGGUAUUGCAGAAGCAGCAAGCAAGUACGUUGACUUCCAUUUAUGUACCAAUUGUGCAUCUUCUCGUGUGUCGUCUUAGUUCGAUUCGACAACAACUUGUUUUAAAUACAAACCGCAGCAGAGUUUUUUGAAUAUCUCUUUGCUGCUUAAGCAGGGAGUGAGGAUCAGUGUUUAAAAUCGAUCGCUUCGGGUGUGAAAAUUCGAUCGCAAAGAGAGUACAAGUGUGUAUAAUUUUAUUUUGUAAAAGUAGUUUCAACGAGAAAACGAGUUAUGACUAAGUUACAUGCAACUCUGUGGACUGUGAUACUGAUGCUGGCCGGUGGAGCUGGCAAACUAGCUGAUGCAGAUUUGAUACCAAGAGUAUGUGAGCCAAUUCGAAUCGAAUUGUGCCGUGGUAUCGGUUAUAAUGAAACCUCAAUGCCAAAUAUGGUUGGGCAUGAAUUGCAGACCGAUGUCGAUUUUACUCUGCAGACUUUUGCGCCAUUGAUCGAAUAUGUUUGCAGUACGCAAUUGAAAUUGUUUUUAUGCGCUGCCUAUGUGCCGAUGUGUACGCCUAAAGUGCCAGUGCCGAUAGGUCCAUGUAGGAGCCUGUGCGAGUCGGUUAGGACGAGAUGUCACCCUGUUUUGCAGGGAUUCGGAUUCCCUUGGCCACCAGCUUUAGACUGUAAUCGAUUUCCAAAGGAGAACAAUCAUGAGCAUAUGUGUAUGGAGGGUCCUGGCGAAAUAGGAGUUGGUAUGGCACCGCCAAUUUCAAAGGUGACAUCAUUCCAUCAACCUGGUUGUCAGGGACUAGCUAAAUCUCAUUUAUAUAUUCGUCUUAAUCGUUCUGGACGUUGUGCACCGCUAUGUGAGGCGGAUAUUCUAUUCGAUAAGGCAGAAAAACAUUUGGCAGAAAUGUGGGUGACCACGUGGAGUUAUGCAGCUUUGGGAAUUGCAGUUAUUGCGACUCUUUGUCUUAUCCUUUCUGACACGAAAUGGGAUCGUAUCUUAACACCUCUUGUCACCUGUCACAGCUUGGUUGCCAUUGGAUGGACAGUGAGGUUUGUCUCUGGACGUAAUACAACAGCAUGUGGAUUUGACCCACAACUGCCAAACGUGUCCUUACUCCUGAUCGAUGGAUUAUCGAAUGCAUCUUGUGCGGCAACCUUUCUGCUUCGCUAUUAUUUUGGGAUGUCGGCAAGUGUUUGGUGGUCCAUACUAUGUCUGGAAUGGCAUCGGGGUGUGCGUCAAACAAGGAAUGAGUUUUGUGAACCAGCUAAUGUAUCAGGUCUAAUUGGUGGCAUCAACAACUGUCAGCGAACUAUGCCAAAGCCCACAACUAAAACACUUCGAAGAAAUCAGGACACUUAUAGUAAUAUUGCACAAGUAGCUGCUUGGGGUUUGCCAGCAUUGCAAACCGUUGCUGUUCUUGUUACUAGACUUGUUGACGCUGAUGAACUUUUAGGUGCAUGUUUUGUGGGUAAUCAAUCGGAUAGAGGAUUGAGGGUACUAGUGGCAACGCCUUUAUUUUGUUAUUGGAUUUUCGGUUCAGUUAAUUUGUUCGCCGGAUAUUUGGUUCACCGCCGUAAUGGUCCUUUAUCCACUAACGUUUAUGGACAACCUGCGCCACCAAUUAACCCCAAACAUCAAAAAGCUGUUCACAUGAAAGGCGUUGGCACAUUUUUAUUCAUCUACUGCAUUCCCAGUGCCUUGCUCCUGAUUUCGGUCUUUUACGAAUUCGCCAAUAGUGAUGUUUGGCUAAAUCUUCCAGCACCGACAUACGUUCCAGUUGCAGCUGUCAAAGCUCCAAUGUGGCCAUUUAUGACCAGAGCCUUUAUGGAAUUGAUGAUUGGUGUUGUUUCGUCUGCAUGGGUUUUGGGACCAAGAAUAGCAAAUAUGUACAAGAAUCAAAUGACACCCAAGUGCAAACACACCCCAACGAAAUAUCCACCACCAACGGCUUAUAGUACUGCAUCUUAUCAAACUGUGAGGCAAUCAUCGGCGAGUACGGCAAUUUCUAUGGACAAAAUAUCGAGGUAUUCCUCGGCAAGGAAAUAUCCCACCACUCAUAUGCCUCGGCAUGGAUCAUCGCGCGGUGGCUAUAAAAUGCCUCCACAAUCAUUCGCGCUCUAUGGCAAUGAGACCAUCUUGUAAAGCAUGAUGGGCAGAUUUUGUGUCUGUAUUUUAAUGUGAUAUGUUCCUUGAUGCGAGGAAUCCUUUAAGGCCGAUAAUAUAAUGGUCACCUUAAAGGUGGCAGUAACUAUUAGUUUCUUAAAUUAUUUUCUACUCUUAUUAUAUUUUUUAAUUUAAAAAAUAAGAAAAAAAACUUAAUAUUU